AUGAGAGAACAGAUUGCGGCCUUAACGGCCCGUCUAAAUGAACGCUCUCCGUCUGUUGAAUCAAAUCGACAGCACCGGGAGCCCUCGACUGCUUUUUGCCGGCCCAAAUGGCCCGGCCUUCCGACCAACAGGCAAAGCUGCCUGGCCUAUUUUUGCCCCUUCCCAGAGGGCAAGAACCCCGAGUACAGCGACGCCGCCAAAUCGCGCAUCAAGGUCUCCGACGUUCUCAGGAAGAAGGACGAGUUCCAUUCCUUCAUCCUGAGCAUAAAGAACAAAUUUGACGAAGACGUGCGAACCUUCCGGACUGAGAACAGCCGGAUGGUCUGUCUGUAUAACCUGCUCGAGGGAAAAGCCCGCCGAGCACUUGAAACCCGCUUCUCCUCUGACACUCGACCCUUCUCUGGAGUGGCAGAGAUGAUCCAAGCCCUUGAGUCCGCCUAUGGCAAUCCGAAUGAGCUUUCCGAGGCUCUUGACCGCCUGCAACGCCUCCAGUUUACCGUGAAUGGGAAGACCGACAUUGUGGACUUUCUUGCGGAAUUUGACUACUUAACUGCGACCGGUCGUGUGCCUGAGGACCAGAUGAAGCAUACCCUGUGGCAGCACAUCCCGGCCAACCUAGAUAACAGCCUCUUGACCAAGACCCGCGACGAGUCCGUGACCUACGAGGUUUUCGGGUUCAUUAAAGACGCUGUCCACUGCCAGAAGAGGAGUAUGAGGCAGACACAGGACUCCCGCUCUUCCGACCGAUCUCGCCGCGCGCCGACUAAGACUGCUCCGACUACCGCCAAGACUCCGAACAAGACCGGCUCGACCCCUAUCACCUCGCGUGAUGCUGGCAGAGCCUUGACCGACGAUGAGAAAAGGGUCCAUUGGGAUAAUGGCACCUGCUUUAUUUGUGGAAAACAGGGCACCUCUCUCGCGAGUGUCCCGACUGCACCCAUGCUGUCUCCCGUGUCGCCUCCGUCCCUGUCCCUGCCAACGACUCUGAUCAAGAUUCGGGAAACGAAUAGGACCAUCACAAGACUCCUUGAUGGUCCCUAA